UAUGGCCAUAAAAUUCUUAUUAAACUCUAAUGCCAAAAAUUGUUUUUUGGCUAACCUUCCACAGGUACUCCUUCUGAUACUUCAAAAAAGCCGCCAAGUAAGUUUGUAUUCACAUCAUCAUCUCCUUCCUCUCCUUGUACUUCUUCUAUUUCACCAUACCAACCAGAACCUCCUGAUCCAUUACAUUUACCGUAUUUCCUAA